AUGUACACAAAACAGUCAGAAACAUGGUUAGAUCGGUUUCCUGUCGAAAUAGUUUUCGAAAUUUUUGAUUAUCUAUCCUCAAAUGACAUUCUCUCCAUAUUUUUCCAAUUCAAUUAUCGAUUCAAUACAAUAAUACUUCAAGAUCAUCGACAUCUUUCUUGCUUGAAACUACCUCCAUCCAACUCUUACUUUUGGCGAACUACGAUUUUCGCUAUUCGGUCGAAUAUUCAAACACUGAUCAUCACUCAUCCUGCAGUAUGGUUACCAUUGAACAUCUUCUCGAAUCUAACAUCAAUCAUAAUCGACUCUGAAACAGAAUGGAGUUUAACUCACAUUGCAUCGUUGUUCAAUCUAAACGAUUUGAGGCGAAUUUAUACAUUGAAAAUUCUCAAUGCAUCCUCGAUCAAUGCUAAUCUCAUCUUACCGAAGGUUUUCCACCCACAAAGUGCUUUACAAAGGUUCCAUUGCGAACCGAUUAUUAAUCUUUACCAUCACAGUCAUUUCAACAAUUUACAAUCCAAUUUAAAUCUUCGGACUUUAACAAUAAAUACAAAUCAUUUCAAAGAUAUUUAUCGUCUGAUUCAGCAGCAUGCGUUCAACUUGAAAGCUUUAACAAUUCGACUGGGAACGCUUUAUACAUAUGAAAGAGAGUAUGAUUUUUCGGAUCUUAUGAAAAUUAAAUUAGAACAACUAUCUAUCACGAUGAAACAACGAGAGGGAAGAAAAACAGACGAUUAUUCAAUAUCACGAAUAGAUCUUGCUCGUCUAGUUAGCGUCAUUCACAUGUUUUCUCAAUCUUUAAUAUUUCUAUCACUGAAUUUUACGGAUUGUCACAUAUUCACCGACGACAAUUUACUAUUAAAUGGUAAACAACUACAAAUGCAUUUACUACAGUACCUAGGACAAUUGAAAAACUUUCAUCUGAACGUCAGUAUUGCUAACUAUACAAUAUCUAAUGAGCCAUGUACAAUUCUGUCAACAUUUCGAACGGAGUUUUAUUUUCGACAUCAUUGGAAUUUUGGCAUGAAUCGAUAUUAUUUGUAUUCCUUGCCGUUUAAAUAUGAUGAAUUGUAUGGAUUCGAAUCAUUUGAACUAUCCAAUACUGCACUUCUACAACCAAAGCCUUCACUUUGGCAUAAAAUUAGAACUGUCCAUUUGGAACGAACAGACGGAACUGUUUUAAACGACUUGAUUCAUAUGUCAAAUUUACAAACAAUCAAAAUUCGUAAAUCUCCCUUCGUAGAUUCAAAUGUUCUUAUUGGUGGACGGAAUGAAACUUCCUUAGUUAAAAGAGAUUCGUCGAACUCUCAAAGUCAACCAUGUUUAUCUGAUACCCAUUCUUCAUUAUAUACGAUAACGAGUGUCCAUUUAACUGGAGGCGAUAUGGAAAAUGAUAUUGGAUCUUUAUUACGAGUAUUACCUAAUUUGAAUCAUUUAGUUUUGAAACACACUCUUUUACCACCGAUGAAUAGUUCGUUGAUUAGAAUUUUACAAGAGAAGAUUCAACGAUUAGAAGUGAUGUUCACUUUGGGUCCGGUAGAAUUGAUUGAAACGAGUUAUAUGUACUUUUCUAAUGUUAGAUAUGCACGAUUUACAUUUAACUUGACGUUUAACGAUUCUAUUCUUAACCUGCGCUCGAAAUUAAUCGAAAACUUCCUGAAAAAUAUUCCGCAGUUGAUUAGUUUAACGAUUUACUCAGUCAAUUCAAAGAAUUGUUCUUAUAAUGAUGAAUUCAUGUUCACACCCAUCACGCAACGAAUAGAAAUGGCUGAUAUUAGACAGAAAUAUACUAUGGCAUACGUUCAAAACUCUUUAUCGUUUGAAAAAAUCGUUCAGACUAAUAGGACUCAAAUUACACCGCCGACAACGUCCUAUCUUCGAGUGUCUUUUAUCACUUUUUUCAUUUUUAUUUAUUUUAUUCUGGUAAUAAGCUUUUUAUUAUUUUAA